AUGAUGUCCAUGAACAGCAAACAGGCCUUCAGCAUGCACCCCAUCCUGCACGAGCCCAAGUACACCCACCUGCACUCCAGCUCCGAGGCCAUCCGCAGGGCUUGCCUGCCCGCCCCGCAGCUGCAGAGCAACUUCUUCGCCGGCCUGGACGAGACGCUGCUGCGCGGCGCCGAGGCCCUGGCGGCGGUGGACAUGGUGGCGCAGAAGAGCCACCCCUUCAAGCCGGACGCCACGUACCACACCAUGAGCAGCGUGUCGGUCUCCUGCGCGCCCGCCUCGGCCUCGGUGCACCUGCCCCACCCGUCGGUGCUGGGCGGCCACGCGCACCACCACGCGGCGCACCACGCGCCGGCCCCGGGCCUGGACGGGGAGCUGCUGGAGCACCUGGGCGCGGCGCUGCCGCUGGGGGACGUGGGCGCCGCGCCGGCCCACCCGCCCUCGCACGCCCACCUGCAGGCGCUCAACGCCAUGGGCCACCCGGCGCACGGGCAGCCGCCCAUGGGCAUGGGCCCCCACCCGGCCCACGGCCUGGCCGCCCACCCGGCGCUGGCCGGCCCGGAGGCCGAGACGGACCCGCGCGAGCUGGAGAGCUUCGCCGAGCGCUUCAAGCAGCGGCGCAUCAAGCUGGGCGUGACGCAGGCCGACGUGGGCUCGGCGCUGGCCAACCUCAAGAUCCCCGGCGUGGGCUGCCUCAGCCAGAGCACCAUCUGCCGCUUCGAGUCGCUCACGCUCUCGCACAACAACAUGGUGGCCCUCAAGCCCAUCCUGGAGGCCUGGCUGGAGGAGGCCGAGCGGGCGCAGCGCGAGAAGCUGGCCAAGCCCGAGGUCUACGCCGGCGGCGACAAGAAGCGCAAGCGCACCUCCAUCGCCGCGCCCGAGAAGCGCUCCCUCGAGGCCUACUUCGCCGUCCAGCCGCGGCCCUCCUCCGAGAAGAUCGCCGCCAUCGCCGAGAAGCUCGACCUCAAGAAGAACGUCGUGCGCGUCUGGUUCUGCAACCAGCGGCAGAAGCAGAAGCGCAUGAAGUUCUCCGCCGCCUACUGA